CUUGUGUCGUUUUUGUUGCCAGUAUAGAAGAACCAACAAAGAACAUGUUUUGACUUUUUCCGACUCAUUCAUUGGAACGGUCAAAUCAGCUGUUGUAUAUAAACAGAACGUGAGUUUACAAAAGCCAGCUUUUUAUUUUAGGCGAAACACAUUACCCAAAACCGCGACGAAAUAUUUACAACCUGAUAAUUUAAACAUUAAUCAACAUCUCUCGCAAUUGUUUUGCAAACAAUUUGAACAAAAUUUGAAUACAUUGAUGUUAUGGGUAGCUACUUGUUCUUGGUAAGCUUCUUCCUUCUCUGUAUCCUGGUGGAGGUUGCCACAGCCUACGAUGUUACAGCUAGUUUCAACGGCUCGCAGUAUGUGCAGUACAAGAUCAAGAAUAUUCACGCUACGAGAAAGGACAAAGUAGCGUUUAUGUUUAAAACGAUUGAAGCGUUUGGUGUUAUGAUGUAUGGCUGUGGAGAGCAAGGAGAUUUUAUUCUGCUCGAAUUAAAACGUGGAAAAGUCGUGUACACUGCUAACUUUGGUUCGACAGAGGAAGAGUCUGGAAUCCACACAAUCGUAUUAGACAAGCAAUAUAAUGAUAAUAAAUGGCACAGAUUAAACUUGGUUCGCGAAAACGGUACACACGUCCAACUAACGAUAGAUCACGAUACAAAAUCGUUAAAUUCCGAACUUCAGUUUCAACAGCUAAACUUAGACAACUUUCUUUACAUUGGUGGAGUGGGUAACAGUGAAAGAUUCGGCAAAAAUCGAUGUUAUAACGUAACACGAAUAAAAAACUAUAUCGGGUGUUUAUCGAAUGUUUUGUUUAAUAGUAACGGGUUAUUGUAUGGAGCAAGCGAGAAAUUUACGGGAUUCCAAACGUUUGGAAAUAUGAUGUUUACGUGUCCAACGAAAAAGUACGAUAUUAUCGGUUUGUCCAAAUAUUCGUCUUAUCUGGACGUUAAAAGAAACUUGUUAAAUCGUAACGAGUUAUCGUUAACAAUGGAGUUGCGCACGUUCGAGCCUAACGGUCAUAUUGCAACUCAAAAAUGCACAAACGGUGGCAUUGAAGUAGAUAUUAGGCAAGGAAAAGUUGAAGUGACAUUAUCUUUUUCUCGCUUAUCGAAAAAAAACGCUAUAUCGAUUCCUUCAUCGCAAAAAAUCGAUGAUGGAAAUUGGCACACGAUAAAACUCGUAAUAAAACGAAAAGAAAGUUUAGUCAUGCUAAAGAUCGAUCAAGUUAAAAAGACAUACCAAGCCCCUCCACAUUUUAAAUUUACAUCCGAACUAGGAUGGUACAUGGAAAUCAUCCGGUUUGGUGGAAACACGCCGGAACUACCCAGUUUAAUAACGUGUUUCCGAAAAAUUCAGAACGACGGAAAAAUUAUAACUCUAAACUCAACGGAUGUAAAAUCAGUACAUGAUGUAAGUGAUCAAUGCAAGACGAAAGACGUAUGCUUUCCUAACCCUUGUCAACAUGGUUCUACGUGCACUCAAUCUAUGGGAAAAGCUAUAUGUAACUGUAACAACACUGGAUAUAUCGGUGCAACAUGUAACAUAUGUAAAUACAAAAGAACAUGUCAGGAAUAUAAAGACGAAGGGGAAGAGGUCAGUAAAAUGUACAAACUAUGUCCCACCAAUGAACGAAUUUUCGAGGCAUAUUGUGACAUGAAAACAGGGGCGACAAUUAUUAAUCACUCAACAAAAAAUGAAACAGCUUUGGAAGAUGCAAAGACGCACGAUUCACUUGAAAACGGCCUCUACGAAAUUGACUAUGAGUAUCCUGUGGCUAUCGAUUCCAUAAUUAAUUUAAUGAGUGUGAGCACGCAUUGCGAACAAUAUGUACGUUAUGACUGUUUUAAAUCGAAGUUACUAGGAGGAGUGGGCAGACGCAGAUAUUUAGAUUACAAAGGUGUUCGUUGGUUAUCGCGUGACUAUGACAUACAACAUUAUUGGGGAGGAGCAUCGCCAGACAGUCGUAAAUGUGGAUGCGCAAUGGACAACUCAUGUGCCCGAGACAGGUUCGGUUACAUGAAAUAUUGCAAUUGCGAUAUGUUUGAUUCAAAAUGGAGAUCGGAUUCUGGUUUUCUUAAGGACAAAUCAAAACUUCCCGUCUCUCAAAUAACAGUCAGUCGUGGGCCUGAAACUAACGAGAACUCUAUGAUCACCGUUGGAGCGUUGAAAUGUUACGGUUCCGUGCCGAAGCCUACAUCACCAAUGUUAGCUAGUACAUCUUUAACUAACUCCAUUCUACCUUCCAUACAUCCAAGCAUGAUAGAUCCAUUCAUUGUAAACAUAACUAGAGGCACCGUGUCUGUAAACAAUUCUGGAAACGCGAAGCCAACCGAAGUAUCAACACAGACUGUUCUUGUGGAAAAGGUACAAGCUGAAAGUAUAGAUUCGUUGUUCUCCAAACCAUGGUUGAUCACGAUACUGGUGGUGGGCGUGCUUCUUUGUUUGUUGCUUGUCUUGUUGGUGUUUCUGUUGUUUCGACAGCAAAUCAGUGACAUUUUCAUGAAAUGUGUUUACGGAAGCCAUGUAACUAAACCACGAAUCGAAAUUGAAGAUUAUAAUCGCUACUCAACUGCUACAGAAGAUCAAUCUGAUUGGGAUAUAUAUAGAUUAUCUACUACUUUUCCAACCAGUACCCCCGAGCCGUCGUAUGGGCCGACAGAUGACGAAAGUGUCGGUAUUCGCGUGCGUACAUUAGAAGACCUUCGUGGUAAACGACGUUUUAAACGAUUAACAGGUUGGGGUAGUCGUACAGCGUCAGCACCUACAGUUGUAGGAAGCAGCUCAAAACAGAGCAUAUCCGACAAAAUUGACGAUUUUGGUUACCAGAAAUGCAAGGCGAGCGCAUCUUCAAGUCAACCGUACCAAACGUCUACUGACUCACGUAACAACGAGAGCCUACACACACUUGAAUCACUCGACACUGAUCCAGCUUACAGCACAACGGCUACAGAUGGCGAAGCAGACUCUGUCAUAGAUACAAAUUCCGAGUUUAGUCAUAAAUCACAAAACAGCUCAAUGAAGGAGAGUGAAUGCACAGUUACCCCACCAAGUACAUUACGAGUUAAGAAAACAAGCAAGGAGGAAAGACCAAAAACAUUAUGCAAAAAUGGAGGUGUUUUCAAUAAAGAUCCGGCCACAACGCUCACAAACGGACCGGUUAUCUUCACAGAUCCCGUCAAAGCAUACUAUCCAAUACUUCCCCUAAAUGGAUUUCGUCAACCGGUUAUUAGACGAGCUCAUCCGGCAGAAUAUGGUACCCACGUAACCAUGGUGAACAACAGCAAUGGUCGAUGUCAACAUCCAAACGGAUCAGUAGCAAGAUUACUGCCUGUCAAUCGAAGAACGUCAGUAACUUCUGAUUCGUAUCCUCUAUAUGCACACCCAACGAUACAAGAAAGAUCUGAAGAUACGUCAGAUGAUGAGGAGGAUGAAGUAAGCUACGAAAAUGCGCGUAACUCGGAUGGUUUCUACGAACUAUACGAGCAUGGUGAGCACGGUUCCCCCAACUCUGAAACAAGACUAAUAUUUGACGAUCUUAGCUCAAGAGAAGAGUGUGAAAGAGAAGCAGAUGAACGAAUCAAACUACUAAAGAAGAAAGUUAUAGAGAAAGCAACAUCUGCGGACGAGUGCACAUAAUUGUAACAAGACAAAAGACAAACCUUGCGGAGGAGCACACUCAGCUGUAACACGUUGGUGUAAGCAAAAGAAAACGUUGACAUUUUUGAAAAAAGAAAACGAAACUUGCUGCGAAUUUUACAAUGCAGCCUGUUGAUAAACUAGAGCGUCGAGCUUACUGUUGAAGACACUCUCCACCAUAGAGAUAUAAAAAGAACAAAAUUAUUUUAUUAUUUAUUUAUUAAUAGUAACAUUAUUCAUUACAAUUGCGAUACCAACCAUUGGAGGAAAACCAAA